AUCACUGAAACAUUCGACCAUUUAUUUAUAGGACUUCUAUGCAAAUAUGGUACGAAAUCUGACAGAUUCCCAUUGGUGCAUGGUAACGGAAGCUUCCGUUUAUGCAAAAUAGGCUCUCUUUGUCUGAUUUUUAAUUGGCUGAGUCUUUUAGGUAACUUUAGCCAAUGAGUACCGCAAAUUACAAUCUACUCUGCAAGUAUAACAUGCACAUUUUCAGAGACAAGUUCACAUUGUGGUCGCCACCUUUCUAAGUAUGUCUGGACGAGGAAAGCAAGGCGGCAAGGCUCGCGCCAAGGCCAAGACCCGCUCCUCCCGGGCCGGCCUGCAGUUCCCCGUGGGCCGCGUGCACCGCCUCCUCCGCAAGGGCAACUACGCCGAGCGGGUGGGCGCCGGCGCCCCGGUGUACCUGGCGGCCGUGCUGGAGUACCUGACGGCCGAGAUCCUGGAGCUGGCUGGCAACGCGGCCCGCGACAACAAGAAGACGCGCAUCAUCCCGCGCCACCUGCAGCUGGCCAUCCGCAACGACGAGGAGCUCAACAAGCUGCUGGGCCGCGUGACGAUCGCGCAGGGCGGCGUCCUGCCCAACAUCCAGGCGGUGCUGCUGCCCAAGAAGACCGAGAGCCACCACAAGGCCAAGGGGAAAUAAGCCCCGGUUUUCACAGUGAUCCUUAACCAUAGAAACAAAGGCUCUUUUCAGAGCCACCUACUUUUUUCAGUAGAAAGUGCUGAAAUACUGUCGUAGCAAGAAGAAACUUCAACAUUUUAAAAUCGUCCUCUAUUUAACCCAAUGAGGGCUUGUUAUUCAAAGUUGGUAAAACCCGCAGAAAUGGCACUUCCUUUCUAUGUGAUGUGUGCACUUAAGAACGAAAGCACCGUGAAAUGCUUUAAGAUCGCCUUAAGACAUUUUGGAAUUGUGAUAACUUGACAAGUGAAGUUCUUACAGUAUAAUUAAACCCAAAAUAUAAAAACAAAGGAAAGCCCUACUAAAAAAUUUAAUGGAGUUUCCUUUUUGGAAGUUUUCUGUUUUUGUAUUGUCAAGACGGCCUUACCAUAUAGUUCUGGCCUGCACAGUAAAGGCCCCUUUUCUCAAAGAAAGCAACAUAACCCCCACAAAAAGAAAAAAAAAAAAAAAACUGUGCCUUUACAACAGUUCCUCAGAUAUGAAAUACAAACAAUUAAGCUAGUUCCAAGUACAUAAGCAGUCUUUGUACUGUGUAAUUCCUGAGGAAAGCACUAGAAAGUUCUACAUGGCUUGUUCUUUACAUAUCUGUGUUAUUUAACAUAGAUAAUCAAGGAUAUGUGUAAUUGGCAGAGGAGUUGAAAUACAUUAUAAAACAAAUAUUUAUCAGAAAUUGUUACUGCCUUGUGGCCUAGUUAUAUUGCAAUCUUUGAAUUAUUCUUUCCUAUGUGACAAAGAUAACUGUGUUUUUUAAUGGAAAAAUAAUCCAUUCCCUUUGUAAUGAAGGCCAGGAUCUUUGUAGUGAAGGUGUAAAUGCACAGACAUGGGAGCCUUAGCAAACCAAUGAGUUCCUAAAAUCGUCUUGAAACCAUCAGCAAAUCUUGCAUGCGACAAUGGUCCACAAUGACCUUAAUUCCAAGAUUCACAUAUUUCUCAACAGAACAUACAGCUGCUCCUUGUGACCCUAAGUCCCUUUCUUGAUGUCCUCAAGAGGCCUCCAUCAGGUGAAGAAUCAACUUUCCUACCUGCAUUUCCCCCUGCCCUCUUGCAAACAAUGACAACGGAACACAUAGGAGGGAGGUUACUAGUGUCCAGUUUCCAGAACUAAGCAACAUGGAAAGACUAGAACCUUGGUUUUCUUUUCUUUGCCUUCAAUCAAGUCAGUGGUAUAUUCCUUUAACUCAUUAUUUUAAAUGGGUAAAAACUGAGGUAGAAGAAGAAAAUAGGAACCUCACCCUUACCUCCCUAAUCCUCAUGUACAUCUCUUGUUGAAUGAAGACUGUUAACGUGGUUGAUUAGAGACUGCUCAAACCUCAGACAACACAGACAAUACCAGAACCGUAUUAAGAUCACUUGUAACCCGUUCUCAGGAUGGAAAUGUGUUUUGACC